AUGGCAGAAGAUGCAGAUACGAUCGUUGAUGUAUACUAUCAAGGGUUGUUUACACCUACCCUAUUGAUUUAUUUUGAUGGAGUAAAAGCCUCGGUACCUCAUACGGUUGUGAAGAAGAUGAACUUCGAUGAUUGCAUCCCCUUUCUUGAAAAGCUUACUAAUGGAAGAUGCAGAGAUGUGUAUUACUGUCCACAUGAAGUGAGGUUGUCGGAGGGAUUACAUGCUAUUCAGAAUGACUGUGGUUUUAACGAGUUUCUUGAAGAUAUGAAUGAAAAGAAGAGAUUAGAUGUGUAUGUGGAUCAUCAUCAUGAACCUUUGUUUGAUUGGAUUCAGGAGGAAGAAGCAGACCUUGAAGAUGAAGAUUUGGUUUUUAUUGUUGAUGUCGACUCCAUUUUAGAAGAUGGUCUGAAAGCUCAACAUGUAGAGGACGAUGAAGAUAUAUCUCUCAAAAGAAAUUUCAAUGAUUCAUUCCUCAACAAACUUUGUCUAAUACAGAAUGAUGACUUGGUUGAAGAAGAUCAUAAUGCAAUACGACCUAUCUACCCAAGACAUAAUCAUACUCAAUAA